GAAAGAGGUUUAGUUUGGCAUUUCUUUCUUUCAUGCCAUGACUCUGGCCACCACUAAUUUAAAACUUUACGUGGGUAGUGUCUUCGUGCAGUUUCCCAGCUGUAUUUCAAAAGAAAGCCCCCGAAUUGUUUACAUUUAAUACGAAAUCUUUAAAAUUCCGGUAUAUGUAAUUGUCUUGGUUAGUACAUACACAGAAUAAUACCGGCCUGAAGGAGCUUUUAUUGGAGUCGAGAAUCGAUGCCCCGUACUUAACUAACAAGUGAACAAUUCACACAAAUGUUCCUCAAAAAAAAGAGAUAAUUUGGAUAUAACUGUUGGAAAAAUUCCGUAAAACUUCCUCGCCAAUAGAGGAAAUGUUUUGAGCUUUCAAAUUUAUCCAUUACAUAAUUUUUUUAAUCCAUAUUUUUUGUCUUGGUGUACAGGUGUUAAUGUUUGCUUACGUCAAGCUCUAAAGUCGAAGUCUGUGGUUAGGAUUAUGUACUUUGUUCUCCUCGAAAUAUUGUCUGUGCACAGAGUGUUUUCAUCAUAUUGAUCCUUUUGUUUCAGACACAAAGCCAUCGUCAAGAAAUUCUUGGCGUUGAAUUUGGAUAACGAAGACCCUCAAGCUUUUCUGAGAGAUCUUUUGGAAAAUUUCGAUGAUGAAUGAUUUGAUCUCAAUUUCUCGAAAUGCAAGCUCAUGGUGUAAUGUUCCCAGGUGGAUUUCCGACUCUGUAUUGCAAACUCACUGAAAGACUAAAAGCCAAGAGCUCUAGGCGAAAAAACUAACAGAGCUUGAAUCCGUCAUAUUAUAUUCUCGUGUUAUAUAACUUUUGGCCAAGUGUUCACUUCCGAGGUUGCCUCGUGACCUACGAUCUCAUGACGAAAACCUGAGUUGUACGAUUUCGUGAAAGAAUAGCUCCGCUCUGAGAAGGUUUAGCACGUUUUUUCAGUUUUGUCGUCAAGUCUUGCUGUUUUUGUUAUUGCGGCCACAAAAGCAUGUUUCCAAGGAGUAUUUACUUCCGUUGUCCUUUUUUAAACACCACAUUGCAUGGAGUGACGUAGGAUGACGUAAGGUCAUCUAUUUACGAUUUGAACAAGGAAAAAGCAUUGAUCAUAUGCAUUCCCAGUAACAUAAGUCGUGUCAAUUAUGUUGAUCAAGUUAAUUUCGAUUGCCGUUCGUCAGGAGAGGAACGUGGUGAGCUGCUCUUAAAAAAGACCACCCAUCGUAUUUUGCAGAAGCGAGCACCAGCGUUUUAAACUUUCCAAGAACAUGAAACACUGUAAAUGUCGACUGGCUCGGAAGACUCAUCGAAUUUGCUUCGAAAUCGCUGUGUUUGGCGCCGCCAGCGUGGGCAAGACAUCGCUUAUUCGACGAUCUUUUGUUGGCGAGUUUUUCGAGGAAUAUACUCCCACUAUAGAAGAUUACUACAGCCACGAGAUACAAAGACUUGGUGGUGUAACCGUUUUGAACACCACAGACUGUGCAGGAUGCUUUCAGUUCCCAGCUAUGAGAAAACUGACAAUUCAGAAGGCCGCUGGCAUAGUGCUGGUGUUCUCGUUAGACAGUGAAUUCUCAUUUCGCGAGCUUCAAAGAUUGCUUGACGAAAUUAUCAAGGUCAGGAGCGAGGAAGGAGUACCGAUUGUUGUGGUUGGUAACAAAAAAGACUUAAAUGUGCGAGAAGUCACGGAACAAGAUGUAGCAGAGUUGAUAAGACUUUACAGCUCGGAUAAAUUCCAACUUCGGUACGUGGAGACAUCAGCUAAAGACAAUCUCAAUGUGUCAGAAAUUUUUAGUCAACUUUUGACAUUUCUCAUGCCCGAAGCACCGCCAAAAAAGAAAAGCAAAUUCAAAAUUUUUAACUUCAAAGCGAAAGAGAAGUGCAAUGUUAUGUAAAUUAUUUUCACAAUUUUUACGAAAGCUUUUGAAAAUUAAGAGAUUGUUCGGUUACUUCAGAGGCGCCAUUCUUGUAAUAUAUUUAAUGAGAUUGUUGUACUUAUUUAAAUUAGAUUGGAGUAAUUUAUCAUUAAAUGCGAUUACUGAA